AUGGCUGAAGGCUCUUCCCCAGCUGCCAAGAGAGUAAAAGUGGACAGUAACUCAUGCGCGAGUGAAACUGCCGGAGAUCCGGAAGUGAACGGGGAGAGAGGGAAGAUAGCAUUCGUGACUGGGAUCACUGGGCAGGACGGAUCUUACCUCUCAGAGCUACUGUUGGACAAGGGAUACAUAGUCCAUGGAGUCAUCAGACGUGCCAGCACCUUCAACACUGGCAGAAUAAACCAUCUCUUUGACGACCAGUACGCCCACAAAGGCGGCCGCCUCAUCCUCCAUUAUGGUGACCUCACUGACAGCUCUUCGCUUGUUAAACUCAUUUCACAAUGUUCGUUUGAAUUGAGUGAGUACACGGCCAAUGUGGACGGUCUUGGUACUCUUCGUCUGUUGGACGCCAUUCGUACCUGUGGCCUCGAAAAGACGGUCCGUUUCUACCAGGUGAGGGCCAUGUGGCUGAUGUUACAGAGAGAUUCGCCAGAGGAUUACGUCGUGGCAACUGGAGAGACACACAGUGUUAGGGAGCUGGUCGAACUGGCCUUCUCCCAGAUCGGCAUGGAGAUCGUGUGGGAGGGGAAGGGGGAGGAGGAGAAGGGAAUUGAGAAAGCUACAGGUACUGUCAGAGUUGAGGUCGACCCAAAGUACUAUCGUCCUACUGAAGUGGACUUUCUACUGGGAGAUUACUCAAAGGCAAAGAGAGAGCUGGGUUGGGAGCCUAAGAUCACGUUCAAGGAGCUGGUGAAGGAAAUGGUGGCUGCAGACAUUGCACUGCUCAGCAAGAACCCACUGGCCUGAUGUGCACUACCGCCACCACCCCGACUUGGGAUACUAUACUCCAAGUAUACAAACCACUGGCUCUGGAUACUCCGAAAUUACGACUUAAUUUUUUCAAGAAUACUAGACUUGUCAUGAGAUAGGAAAAAAAAUUUUCCAAUAAACUGUGAUGGUGAAAUGAUGUAAUUGUGGUGGAUGUAUGAUGUCAUCGCAAUGGGCAGGUCUUUACGUAGAGAGAGUUUGGAAUUUUGCUUGUCUUCUUUAGUUUCCUCACAGCCUCUCGGACGUGUUUUGGCUGGAGAGGGCCUUCCUCUCUGAGGUCUUGUUUCGCCCGCAGAGCUGCCUCCACGACCUCGCCUACGUAGACCUUGGCUAUUCCGGCCAUUGCUAUGACCGCAUUCUGUGGCACUGGGGUUCCACAUACACUCUGCAUGAUUCUCUUGACGCUGCUCUUAGGGAACGAGGAUCGACGGAACACUUCGUACUGGUCCUGUUGGGAAUUGGAGAAGGCAGACACCAGCAGCUGCAUCUUUUCCCUCGUCUCCCUCUGCUGUCUCACCCACUCCUCCUCCACUUCUUUAAGGACUGUGUCUCGCCCUCCUCCUUGGCACCUGAUGAUCCUCCAGUGCUGUCCCUCUCUCGCUUCUUUCCAGACCCCAUAUCGCUACAA